CUGACAAUGUGCGACCGUUCUUAUCCAAAGAAACUUGCCUUUCAAUACCUUGAAGACCUCAAAAAUGAGUUUGAGCGUGUGAAUGGGGCUCAAAUAGAAACAGCUGCUAGACCUUAUGCCUUCAUCAAGUUUGAUACGUUCAUACAGAGGACAAAGAAAUUGUACCAGGACACUCGUACUCAGCGGAAAAUUGCAAAGCUGAAUGAUGAAGUUUUUGAAGUCCACCAGAUAAUGACUCGCAAUGUACAGGAAGUUCUUGGUGUUGGUGAAAAAUUGGACCGUAAUAAUCUGGUUGUGUUUUUCUAAUUGCCUGAGUUCAGUUGUCUUAUCAAAUUUUAUUGCAGCUGACUAUUUAUAAUUUUAUAGAGACAUCCACUGUUAGAUAGAAACGGAGAAAGGAAAGAUGAAGGCUGAAGAUUCUUUAAACCAAGAUGAGGUUGAAGAAGUCUCUGUAUUCUUGUUGCGAUUUUUUUUCGCAGCUCUGUGUGUCCUAUGUCCAUUUCUUUGCAAACCAUGCCUGAGCUAUUGUUUCUGAUUUCAUUACCAUAGGGACCUGUACUGUUGUGUCAUGCGUAUCGGUUGUCAGUAAGAUUUAUGCUUUAUGUAUUUUGGUGGCAGUUUCCUAUUUUUUUUCAUGAUUGGAAUUAUUUCCUUGUUAAUUUGUUUGAGUCACAUUGUUGGUCUCCUCAGAGCUUUGCAGUAAUUAAUAGAAUUUAUGGCGAGAACUGCUUCUU